AGAGAGGAGGCGGUUGUCAAGGCGACGUGGGUAGGAGGAGAGGACUGAGGGAGGAGGAAGGAUGGGCGGUGUUGGCGUAGCCGCAGGGAGGUGACUGGAGCGAGCCUGGCCUCUUGCAUCCCCUCCCUGUGUACCUCCCUCCCCUUUUUUUCCGCCUUCUGCCAGCAGAAGCAGCAGCCGCAGCACCUGAGCCGCUACUGCCGCUCACUCAGGACAACACUAUGGCUGAGCCUGGCCACCGUCUCUCCGCCAGAGGCAGGGGAACAACUGAGAGGCGCACACCCCGGCUGUUGCGGCUGCUGCUCUGGGCUGGGACCGCCUUCCAGGUGACCCAGGGAACCGGACCGGAGCUUCACGCUUGCAAAGAGUCUGAGUACCACUAUGAGUACACCGCGUGUGACAGCACGGGUUCCAGGUGGAGGGUCGCCGUGCCGCAUACCCCGGGCCUGUGCACCAGCCUGCCCGACCCCGUCAAGGGCACCGAGUGCUCCUUCUCUUGCAACGCCGGGGAGUUUCUGGAUAUGAAGGACCAGUCGUGUAAGCCAUGCGCUGAGGGCCGCUACUCCCUCGGCACAGGCAUUCGGUUUGAUGAGUGGGAUGAGCUGCCCCAUGGCUUUGCCAGCCUCUCAGCCAACAUGGAGCUGGAUGACAGUGCCGCUGAGUCCACCGGGAACUGCACUUCGUCCAAGUGGGUUCCCCAGGGCGACUACAUCGCCUCCAACACGGACGAAUGCACAGCCACACUGAUGUACGCCGUCAACCUGAAGCAAUCCGGCACCGUUAACUUCGAAUACUACUACCCAGACUCCAGCAUCAUCUUUGAGUUUUUUGUUCAGAAUGACCAGUGCCAGCCCAAUGCAGAUGACUCCAGGUGGAUGAAGACCACAGAGAAAGGAUGGGAAUUCCACAGUGUGGAGUUAAAUCGAGGCAAUAAUGUCCUCUAUUGGAGAACCACAGCCUUCUCAGUAUGGUCCAGAGUAUCUAAGCCUGUGCUGGUGAGAAACAUCGCCAUAACAGGGGUGGCCUACACUUCAGAAUGCUUCCCCUGCAAACCCGGCACGUAUGCAUCCAAGAAGGGCUCCUCUUUCUGCAAACUUUGUCCAGCCAACUCUUAUUCAAAUAAAGGAGAAACUUCUUGCCACCAGUGUGACCCUGACAAAUACUCAGAGAAAGGAUCCUCUUCCUGUAACGUGCGCCCAGCUUGCACAGACAAAGAUUAUUUCUACACACACACGGCCUGUGAUGCCAACGGAGAGACACAGCUCAUGUACAAAUGGGCCAAGCCGAAAAUCUGUAGCGAGGACCUUGAGGGGGCGGUGAAGCUGCCUGCCUCUGGUGUGAAGACCAGCUGCCCACCCUGCAACCCAGGCUUCUUCAAAACCAGCAACAGCACCUGCCAGCCCUGCCCAUACGGUUCCUACUCCAAUGGCUCAGAUUGUACCCACUGCCCUGCGGGGACUGAACCUGCUGUGGGAUUUGAAUACAAAUGGUGGAACACGCUGCCCACAAACAUGGAAACGACCGUUCUCAGUGGGAUCAACUUCGAGUACAAGGGCAUGACAGGCUGGGAGGUGGCUGGUGAUCACAUUUACACAGUUGCUGGAGCCUCAGACAAUGACUUCAUGAUUCUCACUCUGGUUGUGCCAGGAUUUAGACCUCCGCAGUCGGUGAUGGCAGACACAGAGAAUAAAGAGGUGGCCAGAAUCACAUUUGUCUUUGAGACCCUCUGUUCUGUGAACUGUGAGCUCUACUUCAUGGUGGGUGUGAAUUCUAGGACCAACACUCCCGUGGAGACGUGGAAAGGUUCCAAAGGCAAACAGUCCUAUACCUACAUCAUUGAGGAGAACACGACCACGAGCUUCACCUGGGCCUUCCAGAGGACCACUUUUCAUGAGGCAAGCAGGAAGUACACCAAUGACGUUGCCAAGAUCUAUUCCAUCAAUGUCACCAAUGUUAUGAAUGGCGUGGCCUCCUACUGCCGUCCCUGUGCCCUAGAAGCCUCUGAUGUGGGCUCCUCCUGCACCUCUUGUCCUGCUGGUUACUAUAUUGAGCGAGAUUCAGGAACCUGCCACUCCUGUCCCCCUAACACAAUUCUGAAAGCCCACCAGCCUUACGGCGUCCAGGCCUGUGUGCCCUGCGGUCCAGGGACCAAGAACAACAAGGUACCUGCAGUCUGGCCUCUUUUCUGCUUUGCUAGAACGUGCUCGGAUGGGACCUGUGAUGGCUGCAACUUCCACUUCCUGUGGGACAGUGCGGCUGCUUGCCCACUCUGCUCAGUGGCUGACUACCACGCUAUCGUCAGCAGCUGUGUGGCUGGGAUCCAGAAGACUACUUACGUGUGGCGAGAACCCAAGCUAUGCUCUGGUGGCAUUUCUCUGCCUGAGCAGAGAGUCACCAUCUGCAAAACCAUAGAUUUCUGGCUGAAAGUGGGCAUCUCUGCAGGCACCUGUACUGCCAUCCUGCUCACCGUCUUGACUUGCUACUUUUGGAAAAAGAAUCAAAAACUAGAGUACAAGUACUCCAAGCUGGUGAUGAAUGCUACCCUCAAGGACUGUGACCUGCCAGCAGCUGACAGCUGUGCCAUCAUGGAGGGCGAGGAUGUGGAAGACGACCUCAUCUUUACCAGCAAGAAGUCACUCUUUGGGAAGAUCAAAUCAUUUACCUCCAAGAGGACUCCUGAUGGAUUUGACUCAGUGCCGCUGAAGACAUCCUCAGGAGGCCCAGACAUGGACCUGUGAGAGGCACUGCCUGCCUCACCUGCCUCCUCACCUUGCAUAGCACCUUUGCAAGCCUGCGGCGAUUUGGGUGCCAGCAUCCUGCAACACCCGCUGCUGGAAAUCUCUUCAUUGUGGCCUUAUCAGAUGUUUGAAUUUCAGAUCUUUUUUUUUAUAGAGUACCCAAACCCUCCUUUCUGCUUGCCUCAAACCUGCCAAAUAUACCCACACUUUGUUUGUAAAUUA